AUGGGCCUUCAGAUCAAACCGUGGGACCUCAACCAGAAUUUUGCCACUCAGCCCUCAUCCGCCUGCAUUCACAUCCCCCUCAUGCAUUGGUUGGUGGCGGUGCUGGCGGUGCUGGUCUCCCCUCCGCAGGUGCUGGGCGUGGAGGAGCCUCCAGAGCAUUUCCUCAUCCAGACGAAGUGCGAGUGCCACUUCUUCCCCGCCACUGCCACCAAUGGGACGCUGCGCAUCCGCUACCUGCAGAGGUACUUGUGGGACCGGCUGGAGUUCUUCCGCUUCGACAGCGACCUCGGGAGAUACGUGGCCGUGGCCAAGCUGGGCGAGAGCGCCGCCGGAGUGUGGAACCAGAACAAGGAGCGGCUGCGGCGCGAGAUGGCCGAAGUGGAGUGCUUCUGCCGGAACAACUAUGAGUUCGACGGGCACUUCGCCCACACCCGUCAUGUCCAGCCCAAGGUGACGAUCACCCCCACAGAAUAUGACUCUGUGUCCCACAACACUUUGCUGAUUUGCACUGUGGCCAGCUUUUACCCCGCGAAGAUCGAGAUCAAGUGGUUCAGGAACGGGGAGGAGGAGACCAGAGUGUGGACCACAGACCUCACCCGGAACGGGGACUGGACCUUCCAGAUCGAGGUGAUGCUGGAGGCACAGCCGAAGCGCAGAGACGUCUAUGCCUGCCAGGUGGAGCACACCAGCUUCAAGGGCCCCAUCACCGUGCAGUGGGAGCCGCAGUCGGACUCUGCCCUGAGCAAGAUGUGGACGGGGAUUGUGGGGCUGGUGCUGGUGCUGGUCUUUGUGGCGCCCGGACUCUUCCUCUGUGUGAAGAACAAGAAAGGUGGUGAGAUCAGUGCUAGGGGAGGGGUGGCCGUGCCUCAGAGUCCAGCCGACGUCCCUCGUGCUCUUUGA